GUAGUGCCGGUGGUUGAUACGAGCCUGAGGUACGCGUCAAACGAUACUUGCAACAGGUUUAAAAUCGUGUUUGCGUGUAAAAAACAGUGCUCAGGAAUCUCGUUGCGAUGUGUUGCGAGUUACGGUGAAAUUUGUGGAGUGAUUUUCGCCGCUUUCAACCCGCCAGAUUUUACCUGUUCAACGCAGAAAUGCGGGUGCUCGCUGCUGUGGCAGUUUUUACCAGUUUGCUGGUAACUACCUUCGAGGCACCCCAGGACGCCAUCGGUUAUGACACUGACGAUAAUUACCGAGAAGCGUACUUCAAUGGUUCGGCAUAUCUGAGGCUUGCAUCAACUGUAUCUGUACAUCGGCAAACCGGACUCAGUUUUCGAACUUGCGACGGCGGAAGGUUAUUCAUACAACACUUUGGCCCUGACUUCAUAAGCCUGGAAGUUACUCCAGAGGGUCUGCUGUUUUUGGCGUCUGUUAAUCAGCAACGAUACGAAGCAAAGUUGAAUGCUAAAUUGUUGAACAAUGCCUGGCAUUACGUGAAUUUGUUGUUUCGGCUCGGAAACUUCACCCUCAGCGCUGCCGGACAUACACAGGUGAUCGCUAAUGCCACUUACAACUCGGGUAUUCUCAGUCUGCCAGACUUCAACGAUAACGAACCCCUCAUAAUCGGUGAGGGUUUUAAAGGAUGCAUAUUACAAGGACCUGGAAUAUUAUUCAGACGAAAUUACACUGUUAAUAGUGGGGCUCUAUUUGGAACGUGUCCCUUGGAAUCUGCAGGCUGUGGUCCACUAAGCGUCGGUGGCCUAGCGACAGUGACUGUUUCCACAUCAGACUUCUGUGACCACGAACCAUGCAUGAUGCAUGGAACCUGCGUCUCUCGACAAGAUCGCUAUGAGUGCCAUUGUUUCGCCCGGUACUCUGGUAACAACUGUCAAGUCGAUAAUGGUCCGCCAUGUGACAGUAAUCCCUGCCAAAAUGGUGGAUCAUGUACUGAAGAUUCCAGAGGUAAUUAUAGUUGCACCUGCAUCCCAGGAUUCACUGGAACUCUUUGUGACUCGCAGCUCGGAGUGAGCUUGUGCGAACGUAAUCCAUGCGAAAAUGAUGGAACCUGUUACAAUGUAGCGGACGGUGAAUACAAGUGUGAAUGUAGCUCUGGCUGGACAGGGAAAAAUUGUGAAAUUAAUAUCAACGAAUGUGCAUCGAAUCCUUGCAAACAUGGAGGUACAUGCAUUGACAGCAUUAAUAAUUACACCUGUCGAUGCGAUAGAACAGGAUAUCGAGGUAUCAACUGUGAAAUCAACAUCGAUGAAUGCCUGAAUAACCCUUGUCUAAAUAACGGCGAGUGCUUUGAUAAUUAUGGUGGAUACAUAUGCCAAUGUCCCAUGGGUUUCGAGGGCCAAAAUUGUGAAUUAAAUUUGAACGAAUGUCUGUCCAACCCUUGUACCAAUGGAGGCAAUUGCAUCGAUGAAGUUGGCACUUAUCAUUGUAACUGUUUGUCCGGAUAUACUGGUAGACACUGUGAAUUACACGGUCUUUGUGAAAACGCAGCUUGUCCAUCCAACAGUAUUUGUAUACCCGACAAUCACGGACCGCAGUGUGUAUGCAAUCCUGGAUUUAUGGGGAUUCCACCAAAUUGCACGGUUAAUUUCUGCGCGAACAAUCCAUGUUUAAACGGAGGUACCUGUACAAGUAAUCAGGAUGGAUUCAAUUGUACAUGCCCCAUUGAGUGGAUGGGAUCAUCAUGUACAGAACUUGUUUCUGAUCAGUGUUCGGCAUGUCUGAAUGGGGGCACCUGCAUUGAAACCGCUCAUGGCAUUGUUUGUCAAUGUCCUAGAUUUUGGACAGGACUUCAAUGUGAACUACAAAUCACCUGUAGAGACAUGCCUUGCAAACAAGCAUCUGCUUGCCAUGAUUAUUCAGGAGGCUACUACUGCAGUUGUGAACCUGGAUGGACUGGGCCCGAGUGCUCAAUUGAUUUGGACGAAUGUGCGAGUGACCCUUGUCGUAAUGGUGCGACUUGCAUUGACCAGUUAAAUAGUUACUACUGUCAGUGCCUCUCUGGCUAUACUGGUAAAAACUGCCAUAUUGACAUUGACGAGUGUCUUUCGCAACCUUGCCAAAACGGAGGCAAAUGCAUCAACAAAAUUAAUGGCUACUCUUGCAAUUGUACUCGCGAUUUUGUGGGAGAUAAUUGCGACCGAGAAUAUGAUGCUUGUGCAAUUAAUCCCUGUGUGAAUAAUGGUACUUGUACCCUUGUGGCAAGGUCAAGAACAGAUUAUGACUGCAAGUGCCCCCCAGGAUUCAUAGGGAAGAUUUGCGAUAUUGAUAUUGACGAGUGCACUGGUGCAAUAUGUCCAGAUGACAGGGUCUGUGUUGAUGCAAUAGAUGGUUAUGAAUGUAGAUGCAGAGAUGGCUAUAGAGGCCCAAACUGUACUUUAAUUGUUGAUCACUGUGCACUUAAACCAUGCAACAAUGGUUCAUGCAUUGAUUUAAGUGACAAUUACGAGUGUGAAUGCAAUAAAGGAUACACAGGUACAGCCUGCGAUCAAGAUGUGGAUGAGUGUUUGAUGUACGGGAACUCCUUGUGCAACAACGGAAUUUGUGUAAAUACAAAUGGAAGUUACGAUUGCUUCUGCAGACCAGGUUUCUCAGGAGAUCAUUGUGAGAUGGAAAUUGAUGAAUGUUUAUGUGGUCCAUGUAAAAAUAAUGCAACGUGCAUUGACCGAAUAAAUGCAUUCGAAUGUAGUUGUCAGCAAGGUUAUGCUGGCAAAACUUGCGAUAUAGAUGUGGACGAGUGCUUAAGCAAUCCUUGCAUAAAUGGUGCAACUUGUGUAGAUAAUAUUGCAUUUUACUCUUGCAUAUGCUCACUCGGUUUUAUUGGAAAUAAUUGUGAAAUAAAUAUUGAUGACUGCCAGUCGUCACCUUGCCUAAAUUACGGUGAAUGUAUUGAUGGUAUUAAUAAUUACACCUGUAAUUGCACUGAUACUGGAUUUGAGGGUCCAAAUUGCGAGUUCAAUAUCGACGAUUGCCAGUCAGGUCCAUGUAUGAACGGAGCCAAAUGUGUAGAUGGUAUCCUAUCAUACAACUGUCAAUGUUACGAGGGAUACACAGGACUAAAUUGUGAAAAAGAUGUUGAUGAAUGCGAAAGUUCGCCUUGCCAGUUUAAUGGUACCUGCCUUGAAAGAUCAAACCGGGAACUGUAUAAGAGUAACGCAUCAACUUUACCAGCAAUAUUCACAAGAAACUUCAGCUAUGAGAAUGCUAGCGGUUACGAAUGCAUUUGCGUAUCGGGUGUAAUAGGUAAAAACUGUGAAAUAAAUAUCAACGAAUGCGAAAGUAACCCCUGCGUGAGCGGUACAUGCAUGGACAGAAUCGGUGGAUAUAAGUGCGACUGUGAUUAUGGUUUUGAGGGUACACAUUGCCAAACUGACAUCGACGAAUGCAAAAAGUAUACACCAUGCGUAAAUGGUACGUGUUUAGAUGGAAAAGCGGACUAUUCUUGUCUAUGUGUCUCUGGAUUCGGUGGAAAAAACUGUUCGGUACCAUUGAUUGGUUGCCAAGGCAAUGCAUGCCAAAACGGUGGAACAUGUUGGCCAUACUUGGUCGAUGAAACAGAACAUAGGUUCAACUGCACGUGUCCUAAUGGAUUUCAUGGGGAAAUGUGUGAUAUUGUAACAACUAUGUCAUUGCAAGGAAGUUCUUAUGUACUGGUAAACACAACCAGAGAUGAAGGAUAUGACAUACAAUUUCGAUUUCGAACAACGCUACCUAAUGGUUUAAUAGCUAUGGGUAAAGGUUCCACAUUUUACAUACUGGAAUUAGUUAACGGCAAGUUAAAUUUGCAUUCCAGUAUACUGAACAGGUGGGAGGGUGUUUUCAUUGGUACUGGUCUUAAUAAUUCUCAGUGGCAAAAAGUAUUUGUUGCUAUCAACACCACGCAUAUAGUUCUAUCUGCCAAUGAAGAACAAACGAUUUAUCCAAUCAAUCUGAAUGAAGGAAAUGCUAGCCACACAUCCUUUCCAACUACUUACAUUGGUGGCACAUUAUCUUAUCUGAGCAGAUUGACUCAUGGGCCAUCAUUUUUCAUUGGCUGUACCGAAGAUGUUAUCAUAAAUGGAGAAUGGAUAUACACUGGGCUGCAAUCUAGUUCUGUUCAGAUGGUAGACGUAGAAUCAGGUUGCCACCGCACAGAGCAAUGUUUACCAAAUCCAUGUAAAAAUGGUGGUCACUGCACGGAUAGAUGGCGAGAUUUUUCCUGCAUGUGUGAGCGCCCGUAUCUUGGUCACACCUGUCAGUAUAAUAUGACGGCUGCCACUUUUGGAUAUGGAAACAUCACUGAUGGUUAUGUUACAGUAAAAGUAAAUGAUUUGGCAAGACGUGCAAUCAGAUCAAUUGUAGACAUAUCAAUGUUCAUUAGAACUCGACAAGAUACAGGUGAUAUAUUUUAUUUGGGUUCUGAAUCGAGUGCCCAAUUUGAUGGUAAACAGGAGAAACCUUACAUUCGUGCUCUGCUAGAACAUGGAGAAUUACUGGUACAAAUACAGUUCAAUGGAUCAGAAGCAUACACUGUUGGUGGUGUUAAACUAAACCAGGGAAAUUAUCAUCUGAUACAAGUUGUUAGGAAUGUGACUUUAGUACAAGUUAAAAUAAACGGAAGUGAAUAUUUCCGAAAAACGAUCGGUGCUACAGGACAAUCAAAUGUAACAGUUUUGUACUUAGGCGGUUUGCCUCGUCAGGCGCCUAGAUCUAGUAGACAGGCAGACAAUCGACAAACAGACAUACAACAAACACCUCAGAGCAAUUUCAAAGGCAUAAUACAAGAUGUGCAAAUAUCAAACGGUUCUCAAACUAUGGUAGUUGAAUUUUAUCCACUAAAGGCAAAAGACAUACCUACACCAAUUGAAUUUGGCACGGUCGUACUCGACAGAGAAAAAGUUUUGGAGGGUGUUGUCUCUGAUCCGGUUUGCAAUAGUAAUCCAUGUUAUCACAAUGGAACAUGCCAUGUUACGUGGAAUGACUUUUGGUGUCAGUGUCCGAGAGGAUACACGGGUAAGAUGUGCCAAGAAAUGGAAUUUUGUCAGCUGCAGGACUGUCCAACUGGAUCAAGGUGUCAGAAUUUAGAUGAUGGAUAUGAAUGUGUAGCAAAUGCUACUUUUAAUGGCAGUAACGACGUAUUUACUUACACAUAUAAACAAUCUGAAGAUCAAAAUGUAACUGAAUCGACAACAGACACUAUUGAAAUUACAUACCGAUCACGUACCGGUGGCGUAUUGAUGCAUAUAGCACCGAAGAGUGGAAAUCAGAAUUUUGUAGUGUCUGUUUUCAGAGACAAUAUCACAAUCUCGUGGAGAUUAGAUUAUAAUAAUCAUGGAACUUUAUCCUUUGGAAAAAAUGAGCCAGAUGGAAACUGGACGUCUAUUGUGAUCAAGUUGAACAAUGAUUCAAUUGAGUCUGGAUAUGCAAAUUCAAACGAUGAAACAAUACCACAUUCAAGUCCAAAUUUUAGUUUCUCUAUGUGGUAUGAGCUGCUGUCUACGGGAACAGUGACGCUGGGUGGUCUCGGUGGUGAAUUAUCAGACAGAAAUGGUUAUGUAACCUUCGGGACAAACAGUACCUACAGUGGUGGAAAUACUGUUGAUGGAAAUUCCGUUGAAUACCCUCAGCACAUGAUGACUACUAUAACUCCACCACACAGUCUUGUGUUAGGUGAUGCCUUCAAGGGUUGUCUAGGUGAAGUGAGAAUUGGUGCUAUGCUCUUGCACUACUUUACUUAUGACGAAGUGUAUCAGAAUGCCAAUUUCACACCAACGGAAUACCUUUCUCUACAAGUCGUAGGCAAUCUGUCCAAUUAUGAAAAUAUUGGAUGUCGUCUGUGUUUUGAAAGUGAUUGUAAAAACGACGGUCACUGCUUAGACGAAGCCAACAGUUACAUUUGUGACUGUCUGCCUGGCUAUGCAGAAGAUGAUUGCUCAGUAGAUAUCGAUGAAUGUAUAGAUAACAAAUGUAAACAUGGAUCUAUGUGCAUGGAUAAGAUAGCAAACUAUACUUGUGAAUGCACUAGCGGGUGGCAGGGCUGGCUUUGUGACGAAGAUAUCAAUGAGUGUGUAAGUGUUACUACUUGUCAGCAUGAUGGUGUUUGCGUGAAUCUCCCUGGGUCAUUCCGUUGCGAAUGUCCGGAUCAAUUUACAGGCAAUUUAUGUGAGGAAGUGAGAAUAAUUACAUGUGAGGACCACAAGUGCAAAAAUGGUUCUACUUGUACGGAUAUAGUUAAUGCGAAAACUGGUAAUAACUUCACGUGCACAUGUAUGCCAGGCUUUGAAGGACAAUUCUGCGACACCCCAUAUUGCAUGCCCAAUAAGUGCCAGCAUGGCGGAAGAUGUGAUUAUCUCUAUCAGACUCCACAAUGUACAUGUGUUGCUGGCUACACUGGAAUGUACUGUGAAACGGAUAUAGAUGAUUGCGCUGCUGAUAUUAACGGAAAUGUUCCGUGCAAAAAUGGAGGGAAAUGUUUGGAUGAGGUGAACAAUUUCAAGUGUGAUUGUUCUCCUACGGGCUUUAACGGCUCUGACUGUUCAAUAGACAUUGACGAAUGUGCACAGAUGCCGGUGAAUUGUGAAAAUGGUCACUGUGAAAAUUUACCAGGAAGUUAUCAAUGCAGCUGUAUCCCAGGUUAUUGUGGUAGAAACUGUGAAGUUUUAGAUCCGUGUAUUCAGAAACCAUGCCAAAACGAAGGAACAUGCACGUGUCUUGAUGAUUCUGGUUAUAUUUGUCACUGCACCUCAGAUUACAAUGGUCAUAAUUGUACAGAGCCAAAACUCACUUUGGGCAGUCAAGCACUGGAUAUUGCUGUCAUAGUUGGUCCCAUUGUGGGUUGUUUACUUCUAAUUGGUGCAGGAUCAUUAAUAGCCCUUUUUAUGAUGGCUCGGAAAAAACGGGCAACUCGCGGUACAUAUAGCCCCAGUGCUCAAGAAUUCAGUAAUCCCAGAGUAGAGAUGGACAAUGUGAUGAAACCUCCGCCGGAAGAGAGAUUGAUCUAGGGAAUUUAAAGUGUAUAAACAAGAGUUGUCGUCAGUUAAACCUAGUCCCUUGAAUAAGUUAUUGUUUCGUUUACUCCUCAGCCGCAAUGAGAUUUUGUAAACAAUAUUUUUGUCAUAACACCAGUUAAUAAGAGUAUAGAUAAGUAAUAGAAACGAUUGUUUGUACGUACAUUAGGCGAAUGUUCAUUUAGUUUGUGAACUCGCUUAUAUUGAAACUGAUGAAUUUUCAAUUGAAUCAAAAUCUAGUUUCUGAAGAGAAAAGACUAAAGCAUGUGUCAAUCUGAAUUGUAUUGAUCGUUUUACUUUCUAACAGAUGACAAAUUACCAAAAGUUGUCAAGUUUUACUCAUGUACAUGAAUAUUAUAUUGCGGUUCUUAAAAUGCACUACUUACAGUAACUGAAUUACUUAGAAACAAUUAGGUAAUUUUUUUAUUUUUAUUUGAGCAGCGUAAUAAGUAGUGAUCGUGAUUGAGUUUCAGGAUAACUGCUUCAUGAGUGCAUUUUCCCAAGUUCUGAAAGAUUUUUCUAUAAUUAUAAUUUGUUAUAUUGUCAUAAUUAACAAUGAAUUUUUCAAGCAGUUUACUUUAGACGCAGUAUAUAUCAAAUCAGCCGACAAUCAGGUUUAUGGAGUUGUUGCUGUUUUGAACGAACGCGAAAACAAGUAGCAUCGUUAUGCAGUAUUGAGUUUUAAACGAAAUUCUGACUUUUAUUAGCAAUUGGGCUACUUGCAUCGCACUUUAUCUGUCCUGCAAUUUCAUAUGAUUUGAUAGUCUUUUAAAUUUAACUUUUCUCAUUAUUGACUAGUCAAUUUAUGACGGUCUUUUAGGAUGACAAUAAUAACACCUGGUAUGCAGAAACUGGUGUUAUAAAACAAAAAAGAGACCUAAAUAUGUGUCGUUACAAUACAUUCCGAAAACA